UAUAUAACACGCAGUUCUGUCCUUGAUAGAAUUGAUCUUUUUCAAAUGAAUACUUUUAAAUAUGUAUAUAAAUAUGUGAUUCAAUUUAUGACUAAUUUAAUCUAUGUUUUAUAUGUUUUUAUUUCUUUUUAACAACAAAGAUAAAGAACACAUUUGUAGAAAAAGGAUAAACAUGCUGGACUCAAAAUUCAUGCAAUAUUUCUUUCCGUUUUAUUGUUAAAUACGCUGUCUUUAUAAUUUCCUUUCAAUUGUGAGUCACGCUGUACUUAGAUUUAGAUCAUAAUUUGUCCUUGGUUUAAGUGUUUUAGAAUGAAGUUUUAAUGCUCAAAGCCUUAAAUUGUGUGUAAAAUGUUUAGUUUAAAGGACAAUUAUGCCUCAGAAAUGAAUAUUUUAGUCCUUUAAGAAAUAGCAAACAUGAGUUUUAAAAUUUAAGAGCAUAUUGGAUGCUUAUCACAUGAAGAAAGUAGCGCUCAAUGUCAAAGUAUUUGUUUCUAAAGAGGUAAAACGUAAACAAAGCAAUAAGUUGACUUCUUUACAAAAUACUAAAUCACCGAAACUGUAUACUUACUGCUAAAAGCGAAUGAGACAAACAAUGGUUCAGGUAAUUGGCCAUUAUAAAUUUUUUGAAACUUUAACAGGGCACUGAAAUUAAAUGCUUUUGUUGAAAUAAAUAGAAAAAGAUCUGGAGCACAACGGGCCUUUAACAGUUAAAUGCAAUAAUUAAUUAGAGAUAAAUAAACGGAAAAUAAAUCGAAGGUCAUAAAGAAGGCAAUGGAACAGAAAUAUAAAAAAAUCAGAGACGACCAAAAUGAGCAAAGAAAUGUAGGUGUAUCAAAGUGUGUAAGUAAGCUUAUCUUUUGACAAAUAAAUAUAUUUAAACAGAGAUUUAUUAUUGCAUAAGACUUUAUGAAAAACAAUCAUUUGUUUUGUUUCUUAAAAUACUCGAUCUAUUAUCACAAAUACCCAGCAGUAGUGUUUUUAUUACUAAUUAGCAAAUUGCUACUUAGGUUUAUUUACUAAUGUCUAUCGUAUGGAGUAAGAAGAAACUUUGGGUGGCCCACUACUUUUUGUGAGGUAAUGGAACAGCCGGACAGUAAGGUCAGGAACACCAGUGCUAUAUACAAAUUUAUUAAAUGGUGUCGUUUUCAUUCAGCAAGUUGGUUGGUACUAUAUGUGAUCACUGGGUCAAGGUCAAGUUUACUAGACUUUUGCCCGUGCAACCUUUAUUUAUUAUGUGCUGUUUUAGUGGUAUAUUAAUACAUUAGGUUGACCUCUAACUUUGGGUGGAAUUAGGGAUCACUAAGGGGGUGGAGUCACGUCACUGGUGCAAACAUUAUAUAUUUUAUGCUUUUGCUCUUUCUUUAUUGACUUAUGCACAUUGAGUACAUUGACAGAUAUGCAGAUUCUGGGAGCAUCCAUUGCGCUUGAAGCGAUAUUCUUGUUCCAAUUAGGCUGUCAUAUGAAUUAACAGAUAUACCGUUUGGAUAACAUACUGCAAAGUGAAAUUAUUUGUUCUUUUUCAAGGUUGAAAAAAUGUUGAGCUUAGACAUUACAAAUAGCGAUAGCUAAAAAGAUAUUAAGUAAAGACAUGGCAGUACAGAAAGACGAGAAACAAACCGAUGGUGAUAACGUUGACCCAGAUGUGGACCACGGAUAUGCUUGGGUUAUCUUAGCAGGAUGUUUCAUGAUGUAUUCUCUUGUUAUUGGAACUAUCAAGGCUUAUGGUAUAUUGUAUACAGAAAUGGUGUCUUAUUAUGGCACAGGAUCUGGUAAUACAGCUUGGAUAGGGAGCAUGGUUCUUCUACUAUUAUUAGGGUUAUCUCCAGUAGCCAACUCGUUCAGUCGAAAAUUUUCAUUCCGACGUGUGGCAUUUGCUGGCGGUUUACUUUUGUGUCUGGGAUAUUUUCUGUCGGGAUUUGUGCCAAAGAUGGAAAUCAUGUACCUGACCAUGGGAGGGUGCGCAGGUCUUGGAUAUGGUUUGUCGUUUUCACCCUGUUCAACUAUCAUCAGUUAUUACUUCAAGAAGCACAGAGCACUUGCUAACGGAAUUGUCGUUUCUGGGAGUGGAAUAGGGGCGUUGACAUAUCCUGCUAUUUAUAGUUUCUUAAUUAAGAAAUACGGCUUACAUGGGGCAUUCUGGGUAAUUGGCGGCAUUUUGUUGAAUGUCUGCGUAGCUGCAUGUGUCUUCAAACAACCUAAGCUUUUAUUGAAAGAAAAAGAAUCUCAAGAAUCAACAGGUUCAAGGAAAGAUCAAGAACUGUUAUUGAAGAAAGGCAUUGAUAAACAGAAAUCUAAGGACACGUUGACCAAUUGUUACGGAUUGGAUUUUCGCUUUUCCCUAUUCAGAAAUCCAAGAUUUUCAAUGUAUUGCGUUAGUUUUGUACUUUGUAUGAACGGGUAUGGAAAUAACCUCAUAAUGAUACCUGCCCAUAUCAAAGAUGUUGGAUAUGACACUACGCAUGCAGUGUACGGAGUGACAAUAAUGGGAGGGUGCGAGGUUUUUGCAAGAAUUGCAUUUGGCUUAAUAGCUGAUCGAAACAUCAUGAAAAGAAAACAUAUUUUUCUCUUUAGCAUGCUCAUUGCGUCUGUGUUUAGUUUCAUUGCACCUUUCUUCGACAGUUUUUUUUUCUUGGGAUAUAUGCUGCCCGUACGAAAAUGUUAGCCAAAUUCCGCCUGG